ACGUGUUUCUGAUGAAGCAGGGGAGUGCGGCGAGUUGGAAUUAACACUGCGGUGUCUGAUAUUUAAUAGCGGACAGACGCCACGACUGUUUGCCUGGCUUAAUUACUUGCGCACAAUCAUGAUUUACGAUUCAGGUUUUUUUUUUUGCUCAUACGAACAUCAAAACAGUUGUUGCUUGGAAAAAGAGUAACGUUUCGUUUCCAUAUUUAGUGGUAAGCUUAAAAAGAUGAUUUAACUGCGGUGAUUCCAGAGCGGUGAACGUCUGCACGGUGCGGCUCCUGCUGUAUUUUUAACCCAGUGCUGCGCAGUGAGGGACAGAGGCUGAGGGUAUACUAAAUACUGCCAGUGAACCAAAUGCUGAAAAAUUUGAUUGACAUUGGCAUUAUUAUUCUGGAUGCCUUAAAACAAAGACUUUUGGUUAAUGAAGAGAACUCAUGAAGGAAGUAUAAAAGAACAGCAUAAAAUGGGGAUAUGUUGUACAAAACCCUCUGCAUCUCCUGAUGAAAUUAAGGUGUUAUUGCAAAGAAAUGAGGAAUAUCCACAGAAAAAUAAUACAGGUGCAUAUACUCCCCAGCCGUUGAAAACAAACACAGAUACACCUGACAAGGAAGAAGAUCCAAUACCAGAGAGGAAUACAAAAAAUGAUUUUAAGUUUUUGGAGUGUACUCAUGAGAAGCAGGAGGAGUCUGUACCAGUGGUAGCUUUGAAUCCAGUUUUAUCUGUCACUUCACAUCUGAAUGAACGAAAAGAUCCUGAUAAAGAUUGUCAUACCAUCAUUAUUAAAGGGGAGAAAGAAAGCGAAGAGCAGCUUAAUAAUGACCCUAAAAAAGAUGGACUGGAGGCUGCAUCAUCAACAAAAGAAAUAAAACAUGGUGGUUUUACUUGUGGAGUACAGCAGAGUGUUGUAAACAUAACUGGUAUAGCCAGUGAUCCAAACCCAGACAACAAAGUAGAAGAAACAGUAGGUGAGCAGCAAUACAACCAAACCAGUCAUCAUACUGCAAAUGACAGUUCCAAAGGAAUAAGUAUCCUUCACCAGACAGACCAUAUACUGUGUCAAGAAUGUACGGAAAUUAAUGAAGUUGAAGAUUUAGAUGACAUUGGAGAGGAUUUUACAAAAGAAAAUGCUGGGUGUGAAGUAUCAAAUGGCAGUAAUUCACAAAGCCAUAAUUAUAAUGCUCUUAGUGGAGUAAUGGAGACACUGAACGAAUCCGCAGCUGAAACCUAUGGUCAUCAAUCUGAUACUUUUUUGGAUCAUAACACUGCAAAAGAACAUACUGAUGUUGCAAAUGAACCUGAUACAGCUAGUGAAAUUGACCUGUACCGUGGCGAAGAAGAAAUGCAAGAAGAUAAUCACCUAGGUAAAAACAGGACCAGAAGUGAAGAAGAUUUGCUGGUUUCACAGGACAGAUGCAGUAUCUCCCCUGAAGUAGAUAUAUUGACCUACAGUGAAAGGGAGUGGAGAGGAAACACAGCUAAAAGUGCACUGAUUAGAAAGGGAUAUGAAGAUAUUUCGAAGAGUUACAAGGGAAUCCGUAGAGUGCGAGGAGAUAAUUAUUGUGCUCUCAGAGCUACAUUGUAUCAGACACUGAUUAGAAGUGAUGACCUUCCCAUUUGGCUUCAGGGAGAGGACAUUUUACAGCUUCCUCUAAAAUUAUGUGCAGACAACAAGUGGAUUGAGCAGUGGAGGCUUUCACAUGCUCAUCAAAGCCAAAAUAGAAAUUUCAAAGAUAUCAUCUUGGAAUGUUUGGAGCUUUUAAAGAAAAAGUGGGAAGAAGUUGUGCUGUUACCUACAGUAGAAGACAAAGAAAUGGCAUGUGAUGAGAUUUUCAGACAUGGAGAUGAAGAGAACAGUUUGCUGGAAGCUAUAAAAUUUCUGAUGCUUGGCACUGCAAUUGAGCUAUAUAAUAAUAUGCAACAGGACAAAGAAGUACCCCUUUUCUGUUGGCUUUUAUUUGCAAGAGAUACCUCCAGCACUCCCUGCUCUUUUCUCAUAAACCACCUUAAUCAUGUGGGUUUGUCUGGUGGGCUUGAACAGGUUGAGAUGUUCCUCUUGGGGUACACACUUCAGUAUACAAUAACAGUAUACCGACUCUACAAAUGUGAAACUGAUGAGUUUAUCUCCUAUUACCCCGAUGAUCACAAAGAAGAUUGGCCAGCAGUGUGUCUAAUUACAGAAGAUGACCGACAUUAUAACGUACCAGUCAAAAAGCAAGAAGAAACAAGCCUAACAUUGCAACCUGAUUAACUUGCAUCUUUUCUGUUGAAAAAGGAACAUUAAUAAGUGGUACCUCACAAUUCUUUUGUUCUGGUGCAUCCAGUCUGAUUUGCACAUACCAGUAGCAGAUUUAAACAUCUGUGCUGGUUCUAGUCCACUUUACAAACAGUAAAGUGGGAUUUGUGCUUGUUCUAAGAAAAGAAACUGGAAUUAUGUUUAUAAGCAAGACAUCAAUAACUCAUUCUGUGUUGUACUUGUAAUGAACUGGUUACAGAAAUGUUUACUGUUUUAUUCACUUUUGACAUUUUAUAGCCCAUAGGUUAGAUAAUCCAUUGAAUGUUACAUUUCCUUUGCUUUAAUAGUGGUGUCUAGCUAAUCUGAAAUCUAAACUAGUGUACAUAAACUGGAUUACAGUAUAUUCAAGAGCACCUUCAAUUAAACAAAAUGUUUAAAAUUAAAUAUUAGUUUAAGAUUAUAAGGCUUUUUUGGUAUAAAUCCUUAAUUUCCUUCUAAUUUCAUAGAUAUAAUGGUUACAGUGCAACAAAAGUGACGUUCCUUUGUUGUCUUUUUUUGUUCUUGAGAUUUUUAAGGAAAAUUAUGUAGGAAAUGUGGAGGGAUAAGAAAAGAUAGUACCUCAGGUUAAAAUUUUUUAAAUUUAUUUUUAAAUUAAGUUAGCUAAAAAAAAAAACUUUCAAAGAGUCAUAAAAUUAAUCAGUCUAAUUUCUUUUUAACAUAGUCUUCAUCUUUAGCCCAGAAUUUUUCUUCAGAUUGCAUGCUUAGAUUUUCAUGAAAAUAAAGAAAAAUGUUAUUGGUAGGUUUGCUGCAUUUUGCUCUGAGAUUUUGGGAAGGUUGCUUCAGAAAAUAUAAUUGUUUAAUAUAUGUUACAUAUCAAAUACAAUUUUUGUUUAAAAAAAUGACCAGAAUAAGCUUACUUUAAAGAUGUAUGUAACAGUGAUUUCCUGAUAAUCUUCUCAAGCUACAUACAGUCAAUCGUUUUUUGUUGUUUAAACCGUUAGCCAGAUAUUGGCAUUAUUAAGUACAAUUUUAAAUUACCUGCCCAUUUUUGAGCUCACUUUUUAUUAUUCAUUUUUGCUAGGAGUAGAAUUAUCCCAGCAACAGGAAUAAGUUUAGAAACUGUCCAUUGCAGGGCAAAGGUUUUCAGUCCCCAACUCAUAAUAUGUUAGUUUUACAGUUCUGCCAAGGAACUGAGUGGAGAGUCAAGUGCCAUUGCAUACUAUCCUGCUUUUGCAUGAUUGAGUUGGCACUAGAAUCGUGUGUUUUUUACAUAAUGACAAGACAUCUAGGUUCAGUUUGAUCUUCAGUUCUGUAAUUUUUUCUUUGAGUAUAACAUGAUAAAAAGCAAAAUGUGGCUAUAGUUUCAGCAGGAUUUAAGUCUGUCAGCACUUCCACAUAAUAGUUAUUUUAACUGUAUCUGGUAUUCCCCUGAAGAUGGCUUUGAACAGUACAAUAUGUGCAUGUAUAUUGAGUAUAGACAAUAAUAUUGUUAAAUAUUGUGUUUAAAGGAAUAUAGAACAUUGUAUAAAACUCUACUGGAAGUGUAAUAUUUGACUUUAUUGGUCUUAUGUGGUGUAUUUUUUAAUAACACUAAUUUAAAAUUGUUGUUUUAUAUUUGUAUUGAAACCACCCUUUGGGCUUUGGACAGUUUAAAAAACUGAAUUUUUUGUGGCUCAUAUUCAGUCUAUUGAGGCGAGCUGGCGCCCUGCCUGGGGUUUGUUUCCUGCCCUGUGUUGGCUGAGAUUGGCUCCAGCAGACGCCCAUGAUCCUGAAGUUGGGAUAUAGCGGGUUGGAUAAUGGAUGGUUAUUCAGUCUAUACAUUUAUUUUAAUGUUGUACACUUAUGAAACAUUUUGUGCAGAAUAUUUUAAGAGGAAUUUUAAAUUUCUAAUGCAGACAGCAUUGAUAAUGUUUUAAUAACUGCAACAUUAGUACAGCUGUUUUUAUGUUGGUGGCACUUGAACAACUUGUCUUAGCACUUUGUUUUUCUUGAAGAUUUUGUGCUUUUUCUUCCUGGGGAUGAAUAAAGUGUCUAUAUCUAUCUGAUAUUUGAAAAGGCUUAGAAGAGUCCACUAUGUUAGUAAAUAAUUAUUUUUUAAAUUGCACUCAGUGGCAAUUUAUAAAAGAUGCAAAAGCAACAGUGAUUAUUAUUGGGGGAGGGGGAGAAAUUAUGCAAAGGAGCCAAAUUGCUGUUACUUGAAGUUUGUUAAUAAAGACUAUAUUUAUAAUAAUGUUUGUUGAUUUUUUUGCUUUGUCUUUCCUUUUUAACAUCAUCUCAUCAUCUCAAGGUUUUUGGGGGAUACAUGUUGAAACUAUACUGUAAAAUUUGGUUUAGGGAAUUGAUCUUAAUUCUGCAUUAAAGAAAAGAGAAAUACAUGAUUGCAGUUAUCUUUUAUUUUUUUUCCUAUGUUGUCUUUUUUCUUUUCCU